UUCUUACUGGGAAGAAGGUACUUAUCGGAGAGAGGUCAAUCGCAAAUAAACACAAAAGUCAUGAGGUAGAAAACAAUAAAGUGCAGGUGAAUUGAUACAUCAGCUCCCGAAGAAAUUGCAGACGGAUGCUCGAAGUGCAAGCAUGGAGCCCGACACGUUCAUCCUGACAGCCCAUGGCGCAUUCUCCGCCACUGUCCUCUCCUGCCUGAAUGAGCUCUACCAAAAUGGCGUCCUGUGUGAUGUCACCCUAAUGGCGCAGAACCUGAUGGAGUUUCCCGCACACAAGGUGGUGUUGGUCAGCAGCUCUGGCUACUUUAAGACCUUGCUGGACCAGGGCUACUUGCUGGGAGACGAUAGGCAGAUUUCUACUGGCAUGCCAGCCAGUCAGCUAAAGAUCCUCCUGGACUUUAUGUACACAGGAACACUGCAGCUGACUGAGUCUAAUCUGGGACUGAUUCAGAAAGCAGCAGAACAGCUGAAAAUAGAGGAGGCUGUCAGACUGUGUAAAGAGUAUACGGAGACUCAGGAAAAGAUCAGGAAAGAGGCCAAUGCACUUAAAGACACUCCACGAAGCAGAGGUCGGCCGAAAAAGAAAGCAGCAAAGGACACGCCAGCAGAAGUCAAGGACACUCCAAAAACCCCAGGAAGGAAACCGAGUAAAAAGGGGCAGGAGAAGCUAAAGGGUGGAAAAAGUGCAAAAGCCAGCCCUCCUGAGACCAACAAUGAAAAAUUGGAAAGUAAUAGAAAAAGCAUCGAGAGUAAGAGGACUGAGGAUGAUACUGAUGAUGAUGAUGACUCGGAUGUUGAUGACUCCGAUAAGGAGUGGGAACCGAAAGGGGUAAAAAUCCCAGAAUCCAAGCUCACAAGGAAGCAGAAGUGUUCUUGUCGAAUUUGCAAAAGGCAUUUUGAAUAUCACUCCCUCUUGAACAGACAUUUGCAUCAAGACCAUAGAAUCUCAUCCACCGACUUGGCCGACAAAUUAAAAAAGCAGUCCAUACUUACACAUUUCUUAAGCAUCAAGAAAGAAUUAGGGACAUCAAACAUGUGUAUGACAUGCAACAGGACAUUUAAAACGUGGUCCAGUGCCUCGUUGCAUAUCAAACGAAAACACUUGAAACACGUCCACCGAGUGUGCCGUUUGUGUUUUAAGGAAUGCUCAACGUUAACUCACCUACGAAGACAUCAACUGGUUAAACAUAACUUCACGCCUUUCAGCGGAGACAAAAUGUUGCUUAAAUGCAGGCUCUGCCCACGGGUCUUUUUGUACAAGAAAUCCAGAAAAAGUCACGAGUUUACCAAACACGGAGCUAUGGGGAAAGACAUCGAGAAGCUCGGAGGAGAGCAGCCUAGUUUAAGAUGGCGGCGACGCCUGAGGCGGGUCAGUAAAUUCAAGUGCGGGGCUUGUUUCAGGAGGUACACCACGGAAAAUCGUUUGCGGAUUCAUAUGAUCAAGUUCCAUGGAGUGAAAAAUGAGCAAAGGGGAAGCCACAAGUGCAUGUUCUGUGAACUGGAGUUUCCGCUGCCCAAACUGUUGAACAUGCAUGUGUCGGACUGCCAUAAUUGCGCCUGUGAGGAAGGAGAAAACGGAGUCGUCCUGUGCAUGAUCUGCAAGCAGAUGUUCUUGCGACGAGGAGACUUGAAGCGCCACCUACAUGAUAUUCACAAUCUCAAUCAGCCAAUCAGGAAGAACAACUUGCAGUUGCGAUCGUUCAGAUGUGACGUUCAGGGUUGCACAUUUAGCACGGACAGCACACCAACACUGAAGAUUCACGUAGAGACGGUGAUGACCGUGUACAUAUAG